CUACUAUCCCUAACAAAACCACGCCCUUGUCUCUGUGAUACACUAAUUAAUAUAAAAUCGGGCUCAAUGUGCAGCCUGUAACAUAGUACGCUAUCCGCUUCAACGAGCGCCGCCAUUAAUACUCCGGUUAGUCCACCUCAGCGACCAAACGACGCGACGCAUUCCAAGGGAUAAACGACUAACACGGUAAGGGUUUUAGAAAUUACCAGACAUAUACCGGCUCGAAGAUUUUGAACAUCUAACGAUGCAGAUUCUUUAAUCCAAGUGAUCCAACAAGAUGGCCAUUUUCCCUGAUUUCCGAGGAAGAGACGGAGUGAUCAAAUACGUUUUAUUAUUGAUGUUAUUAAUCAUAGGAAUACUGACGUUCAAAAAAUUUCAUCAAGGUAAUUUGAAUGAAACGAUUUCAAGCUCUAUGCCUUAUCAAGAAACAUAUCAUGAGCCUCCACCAGGUAUGUUAACUGAAUUAGGAAAAAUUAAGUCCAUUCGUGCGAGCUGUGGAACUUUAUGUGAUACUUCCAGACCAGGCACUCCUGGUCCAUAUUUUAAUCAUGUGACAGCUCCAAUAAAUUGUAAGGCUAUUUAUCGGAAUCCAUACAUUGAUGAAGGUCAUACAUUCAAAGUUCCCCCAAGAGAAAUCCUUCCAGAACUUUGGAAUGACUUUACGAUGGGUAACAGGUUACCUGUUUCUGCUUGGUAUUUUAACCAGAUAUAUUUAGGAUCCACAGCUAGGACUCCUGUCUGGUCAAAAGAAGGGAUUGAUCAGAUGGUUCGGUUAUCAGCAAGAGGUGCACUGGGAGGAAACUAUGGUGCCUCACAGACAAACGCAUUGAGGGAUGGAAUGGAUCAUGCUCCGGGAAUUAAGAAUGGACGUGUAUUAGUAAUUGGUUCAGAAAAUCCUUGGGUUGAGGCGGCAGUUCUUGAAAAAGGUGCAAAAGAAGUCGUGACCUUAGAAUACGGCAGAAUAGAAUCAAGGCAUCCAAAAGUAAAAACGAUGGUUCCAUCUGAAUUCAGUGAGAGCUUUCUGAAUGGUUCACUUGGUUUAUUUGACGCAGUUGUUACUUUUAGCUCAGUAGAACAUUCCGGACUUGGGCGAUAUGGCGAUAGACUGAAUCCAUGGGGUGAUAUAAUAUCAAUUGCACGUGCAUGGUGUGUAACAAAAGUGAAUGGAUCAUUGACCAUAGGAGUCAUGUACGAUAAUGAGAAAGAUUACAUUCAAUAUAAUGCAGCCAGAACUUAUGGAAAAAUAAGAUUUCCUUACUUGUGUACAAAUUGGAAGCAACACUACAGAGGUUCAGGAAUUCAAAGAGUGCAUGUUUUUACCAAAGUGGAUCCUCGGUUCUAGUUAUUGCACUCAAAAUAUGGGUAUCAAAUAGAUAAUUAUUACAUUUGAUUAGGCUACUUAAGAAAGCUUCUACAGCAAUAUUCUUGAUAUUUAAUGACAAGACAUACAACAACUGCACUGGGGAAAAAAAACCCAAGGGGAAUGACAGAAUACAUCUAUAGUCUAUUCCACAUAUAUGUAUAUUGAAGUACUCGUAGUAUAUAUUGAGCUAGCUCUUAUAUUCCAUCGUUAACUUCCCAUAAUUGUGUAGCAAUAUUACAUUAUCAUCUGUUUAUUUGUCUCUCAAUUGAUUGGACACGUGAGAGCAUGUUCUCGGUAUGAUCAAUUUUAAAUCGAGGCAGGCUGCUAACAAAUAUGGUAAAUAAGUUGAUGUUACAGGGGUUUCAAUAGUGUUGUUUAAAGUCAGCAUGUCUCAAAUUCUAUGGUCGUUAUAAUUAUCUAUCACUGGGUCGAAUGUUGUCUAGAUACUGGUUUUCAAAUAUAUAACGGGUUAUUAUGUCUACCUGCUCAGGAUCUAGGGCUCAUGCCGGAUGUGACCGGUCAGCAGGGGAUGCAUACGCCUCCUAAGCACCUGAUCUCAUUUUUGGGAUGUCCAGAGGUCCGAGCUUGUCCUUCUCUUAAUUUUGUAUUCUUUUUAAGAUUCAAAAGAAUUAUAGCUGUUUGUUAUUGAUGUAAAAAUAACUCCCAGUGACGUUCAUAUAGUGCAACAUAUCAUAUAAUGAUUAUAUUGAACUUGUGAUGUACUGAACAAAUCGGGACGGUUGCCUGAAGUUCAUUUUAUCCAGAUCAAAAUUUUGUCAGAUUUAUAGGAGUGUUAUUGUGUAUGAAAUCCAUUGCUUAUAAUGAUUUUCGUUGAAACUUUCUAUAAUAUUAGUGUUCUUAUAAAAUUAAGGUAUGGGGUAAAAUUCAAAAGGUCAACAUUUGUUCGCAUUAUUUAAGGUAGAUCUUUUGUCCAAACUUUGAUAAACUUGCAGGAAUCUCAAUUGCCUCACAUGUUGUAGAACCCUUGUUAUGAGUUUUAUUAAUUUAUAAAUGAUUCAUUGGUUAGAAAUUAAGAUUUCGAUUUAGGUAAAUCAUGCAUGGAUUGAUACAUUAAUUUCAGGGCGUACCCUUGACAAUAUUGUCUAACCUACACUAAAAGUAAAAGGCAAAAAAGUGAAGGUAAUAAACAGUUAUUAAUCUCACAAAAUACAAAAUGAAAACUCCGUAAUUAAAAUCAGUAUGUACAGAACGGCCUACCAGUUGGUAUAAAACACAUUAGGCACCAUUCGACACAAUGAUAGGUUGUGAACGAGGCUGUUAAAACCUCUGUUACAUUAACAUAUUUGUCAGUUGCCUGCCCCGAUCUAAAGAAAAUGAUCAUACACAGAACAUGGUCUUGACUAUUUAACUAGUUGACAAACAUAAACACCAUAUGCAGGUGAUAAUGGAUUAUUCCUAUAUAAAAAUGGUAAAUUGACGAAGCUGAAGUCAUCCAAAUAAGAAGCAGAGUUGGAACACUCUGGUGUUUAACAUAUAGUAUUCUACAGCUGAAACUGCAUACAAUUAGGUACAUAUAAGUAUGUUGGAAUAUGGAUGGUUCAGUAUUUCCGGUUUUCCCUCUGUAUUUAUAAGUAUGUUGGAAUAUGGAUGGUUCAGUAUUUCCGGUAUUCUCUAUGUAUUUGCGUUUAGGUACCUGUAGGGGAUGGAGCAUGUUACCGCAUUUUAAACAUACAACAAACACCGUCAUCUUUUUUCAUUAUCGUCUCCAUUUAUGUAGCAGUGAAUGAGAAACUAGAAUAAAGUGCAAAUACAUAGUUCCAUUGACUGUUUCAGCGUAUUGAUAUAGGAUCUCGAUCACGUGUUUGUUUGUCCGUUGACUGUUUUAGCGUAUUGAUAUAGGAUCUCGAUAACAUGAAUAUGUGUCCGUUGACUGUUUCAGCGUAUUGAUAUAGGAUCUCGAUAGCAUGAAUAUGUGUCCGUUGACUGUUUCAGCGUAUUGAUAUAGGAUCUCGAUAGCAUGAAUAUGUGUCCGUUGACUGUUUCAGCGUAUUGAUAUAGGAUCUCGAUAGCAUGAAUAUGUGUCCGUUGACUGUUUCAGCGUAUUGAUAUAGGAUCUCGAUAACAUGAAUAUGUGUCCGUUGACUGUUUCAGCGUAUUGAUAUAGGAUCUCGAUAGCAUGAAUAUGUGUCCGUUGACUGUUUCAGCGUAUUGAUAUAGGAUCUCGAUAGCAUGAAUAUGUGUGCGUUGACUGUUUCAGCGUAUUGAUAUAGGAUCUCGAUCACAUGAGUGUUUGUCCGUUGACUGUUUUAGCGUAUUGAUAUAGGAUCUCGAUCACAUGAGUGUGUGUCCGUUGACUGUUUUAGUGUAUUGGUAUAGGAUCUCGAUCACACGAGUGUGUGUCCGUUGACUGUUUUAGCGUAUUGAUAUAGGAUCUCGAUAACAUGAGUAUGUGUCCGUUGACUGUUUUAGCGUAUUGAUAUAGGAUCUCGAUAACAUGAGUAUGUGUCCGUUGACUGUUUUAGCGUAUUGAUAUAGGAUCUCGAUAACAUGAGUAUGUGUCCGUUGACUGUUUUAGCGUAUUGAUAUAGGAUCUCGAUAACAUGAGUAUGUGUCCGUUGACUGAUUUAGCGUAUUGAUAUGGGAUCUCGAUAACAUGAGUAUGUGUCCGUUGACUGUUUUAGCGUAUUGAUAUAGGAUCUCGAUAACAUGAGUAUGUGUCCGUUGACUGAUUUAGCGUAUUGAUAUAGGAUCUCGAUAACAUGAGUAUGUGUCUGUUGACUGAUUUAGCGUAUUGAUAUAGGAUCUCGAUAACAUGAGUAUGUGUCUGUUGACUGAUUUAGCGUAUUGAUAUAGGAUCUCGAUAACAUGAGUAUGUGUUUGUUGACUGAUUUAGCGUAUUGAUAUAGGAUCUCGAUCACAUGAGUAUGUAUCCGUUGCAAUGCUCCACCGCUUAGGAAGAACUAUUCUUUCGAAUUCAACCACAACUUCUCGACCAUUCUGCGAAGAAUUAAAAGUACAAUCUCUUGGUGGCUGUGCAUGUUACAUAAUUAUGGUACGAAAAUGUGAUACAUUAUAUGAAAAUUGUUGUUGCUAAUCACUGAUUUAUGAUCUAUUUUAAGAAAGUAUUAAAUAUUAACUACCAGUU